AUGAUGAUGUGCGAAGUGAUGCCCACCAUCUCGGAGGAUGGGCGCAGCGGGACGGGUGGCGGGCCCACCUCUCCGGGCGUGGGGACGGGCGGGGGUCCUGGGGGUGCCAUGGGAGGAGGCGGGGGCUUCAGCGGCCGGGAGCCCAGAGGUGGCGGCGGCGGGGGAGACGAAGGGGGCAGCACGGGUAACCUGGAGUCCCUGAUGGUGAACAUGCUAACGGAGAGGGAGCGGCUGCUGGAGAACCUGAGGGAGACGCAGGACUGUCUGGGCACCGCACAACUCAGGCUGAGAGAGCUGGGCCACGAGAAGGAGUCUCUGCAGAGGCAGCUGUCCAUCGCACUGCCACAGGAGUUCGCCGUUUUGACCAAGGAGCUGAACGUUUGCCGAGAGCAGCUGCUGGAGCGAGAGGAGGAGAUCUCUGAGCUGAAGGCCGAGAGGAACAACACACGGUUGUUGCUGGAGCACCUGGAGUGUCUUGUGUCCCGUCAUGAGCGCAGUCUGAGGAUGACUGUGGUGAAGAGGCAGGCGCAGUCUCCAGCAGGGGUCAGCAGCGAGGUGGAAGUCCUGAAGGCCCUCAAGUCUCUGUUCGAGCACCACAAGGCCCUGGACGAAAAGGUGCGAGAGCGGCUGCGUGUGGCCCUGGAGAGAGUGUCCAUGUUAGAAGAGCAACUCGCAGCAUCUUCUCAAGAGGUAAACUCUUUAAGAGACCAAAUUAAAAGGCGUCAACAAGGGGUGGACGUCGGGAAAGAUCGCCUUCCCAACGGCCCCUCCUCCAACCUGGAGGACGGAGAGCUGGAGCGACAGAGAGAGGGGGAGAUAGAGAGGCAGAGAGCGGAUCUGUCCCAACUCCGCGAGAGGCUGGCCCUAAUGUGCCGACAGGUCGGAGAAAUAGAGGAGCAGCGUGCAGCCGCCAGGAGAGAAGUGACAAAGACAGAGGAGGCCAAUCAGAAACUGCAACGAGAAGUCAAGGAGGCGCUGUGCCAAAGAGAAGACAUGGAGGAGAGGAUCACAACACUGGAACGCAGGUACCUGAGCGCCCAGAGGGAGGCCACUUCUCUCCACGACAUCAAAGACAAACUGGAGAACGAGCUGGCCAGUAAAGAGUCUCUGCACAGACAGAGCGAAGAGAAGAACCGACAGCUGCAGGAGCGUCUGGACGAGGCCAAACAGAAGCUGCAGCAGACUCUGCAGAGAGCGGAGACGCUGCCCGAGAUCGAGGCGCAGCUCGCCCAGAGAGUGGCGGCUCUCAACAAGGCAGAGGAGCGCCAUGGCAACUUCGAGGAGCGACUCCGACAAAUGGAGGCCCAGCUGGAGGAGAAGAACCAGGAGCUGCAGAGGGCUCGACAGCGGGAGAAGAUGAAUGAUGAGCACAACAAGCGUCUGUCGGACACUGUGGACAAGCUCCUGUCUGAGUCCAACGAGCGACUGCAGCUGCAUCUGAAGGAGAGGAUGGCUGCUCUGGAGGAGAAGAAUGCACUUUCAGAAGAACUGGCAAACAUGAAGAAGAUUCAGGAUGAUCUAAUUGCAAAUAAGGAACAGAUCCUCGCUGAAUCAGAGCGAAUCCAACUGGAGCUGGACCAGCUGAGGGGCCGGCCAGGGUCCACCUACUCCAGGGCUGGCAGUGUGAGCUCUCUUCCAUCCACACUUUUCCGAAGGUCUCUUCCCGGCAGCUCCUCGGAGCUCCGGUUCCCUCAGGGAGGGGGAUCCCUGCCCGCAGGUUAUGGAAAUGGAGGAGUUGUGGUCAGGAGGACUGGCCGGGGCCGAUGGGGCAGCAGAGAUGACAAUAUUCCAUAUUUCGACUGGGACGAGAGAGGAAUGCCGGCUCCUGGAUUUGAAGGUGUGGAGGGCGGCUCUGACGAUGAAGACGACAGAGAAACUCUGUUUGGCUCAGAGCUGCUGUCUCCCAGUGGACAGACAGAUGUCCACACUCUGGCCAUGAUGCUUCAGGAGCAGCUGGAGGCCAUCAACAAGGAGAUCAAACUGAUCCAAGAGGAGAAGGAGAGCACAGAGAUGAGAGCGGAGGAGAUCGAGAGCCGUGUGAGCAGUGUGGCUCUGGACGCUCCUGCUCUGCCCCCUUCGUCUUUGGGAGGAAGGGGCUACAUGACCCCCUCCAUCACCUCCUCCACCUUAGCUUCUCCUUCACCUCCCAGUUCAGGACACUCCACCCCUCGCUUGCCCCACUCCCCUGCGCGGGAGAAUGAACGACAGAACAGCAAAGAGGGAGAGGAAUGCAGAGCUCUGGCCCUGAUAGACUCCACCCCUCCAGCUGUGCCUCGAGCUCUGAGACUGGACAGAAUGACACACACUCAUCCGGGCGCUGGCCUCGAUGACCACCGAGAGUUUCGCAGCCUCUCUGCUGAUGGAACAACAACUGCAAGUCAAGAUUCCCUUCACAAAGCCAGCAAAAAGAAAAGCAUUAAGUCAUCUAUCGGACGUCUUUUUGGGAAAAAGGAAAAAGGGAGAAUGGGGGCCCCUGGACGAGAAUCUGCCUCACUAGCAUCUACUCCAUCGGACGACUUAGGAUCAGCAGACCCCCUGGGCUUAGCCAAACUAGGGACAGGGACUGUGGAAAAAGAUCGCAGAAGCAAAAAGAAGCACGACCUGCUGGAGGAGGCCUGUCGUCAGGGUCUGCCUUUCGCCUCAUGGGACGGUCCCACUGUUGUGACAUGGCUCGAGCUUUGGGUCGGGAUGCCAGCUUGGUAUGUGGCUGCAUGUCGCGCCAACGUGAAGAGUGGCGCCAUCAUGGCUAACCUUUCAGACACCGAGAUCCAGAGAGAGAUUGGCAUCAGUAACCCAUUGCACAGACUCAAACUGCGUCUGGCCAUCCAGGAAAUGGUGUCCCUCACCAGCCCCUCUGCUCCGGCAAGCACACGCUCUUCUACAAGUAAUAUUUGGAUGACACAUGCUGAGAUGGAGUCUCUUGCAGCUGCCACCAAACCAGAGCAGAAGGAGUUCAGCUGGGAUCAGAUCCUGGCCUAUGGAGAUAUGAACCAUGAAUGGGUUGGGAAUGAAUGGCUUCCCAGUCUGGGUCUCCCACAAUAUCGCUCCUACUUCAUGGAGUCUCUAGUGGACGCUCGCAUGCUCGAUCACCUCACCAAGAAAGAACUGAGAGGACAACUGAAAAUGGUGGACAGUUUCCAUCGGGUCAGUCUGCACUACGGCAUCAUGUGUUUGAAACGUUUAAACUACGACAGAAAGGAGUUGGAGAGAAGGCGAGACGAGAGCCAGCAUCAGAACCAAGAUGUGAUGGUGUGGUCCAACGAGCGGGUCAUGUGCUGGGUCCAGGCGAUCGGUCUGAAGGAGUUCGCCGACAACCUGUUAGAGAGCGGGGUCCACGGCUCGCUGCUGGCCCUGGACGACACUUUCGACUACACUGAUUUGGCACUUUUACUGCAGAUACCAAAUCAAAACACACAGGCGAGGCAACUUCUGGAAAAGGAGUACAACGCGCUCAUCUCCAUGGGAACGGAGAGACGGCCAGACGAGGACGGCACAAAAACGUUCACUCGCUCUCCGUCCUGGAGGAAGAUGUUCAGAGAGAAGGACCUUCGUGGAGUGACCGCAGACUCCGCUGAGACAUUACCUGCCAACUUCCGUGCCUCGGCCAUCGCUACUCCGUCAGUCACGCUGCGGAAGGUCCAGAGUGAAGCUAAUUCUGCACAGCAGAAUCAUAUUCCCUAA